AACAUCAACCUUUUUUCUUCUCACCACUCUAUCAUCUUCACCAAACACAUCUCUUUCUUUCUUUCUUUCCAAAUUUCCACUCUAAUAAAGACGAUUCUAUAGCUCAAAGUCAAGCAUUUCAUGUCAGAUGGUACAUGUUUUUUGUGAUUAGUGUUGCGUUUGGUGGUGGUGAUUGUACACUGUUUUUGGUAUGGGAAAGGAAAGGGAAAGAGUGAAUUGCUGCAAAUUCAGAAUAAUUCUGGAGCCAAUCCCAUCGACUAUGGAGCAAAAGCAUUGUCACCUUGGAUAGCCACAUCUUCAAUGAAUUCAGGGAAAGUAUUAAAGAAUUCUUAUUUGGGUGUUCUCUGUAUUCUAUUUAUUUUCUAUAUAUGUUUUCUUUUCUUUUAAUAUAUGAAUGAGAAAGUUCAAGGAAACAGUGAAAUUGCGAAUGAAUAUUUGAAAGAAAAUCACGACAUUGCUCAUGUCAAGUUACUUCUCACCACUCAUCAUCACUGGUACACAAAGCUUUGACCUCAUGAAGAGAAAGCUCUCAAAGUGCGAGAGAGAGAGAGAGAGAGAAUGUGAUAAGAGAUAAGCCCCCAUUUCUCUCUCAACUCUUUGCAUCAAUCUAUACAGUUUUAGACCAGGAAGUUCUUGGGAGAAGCCAUCUGUCCGCACAGCAGAUUCGACGCCAAUCUUGUAAUUUGUCUUAAUACCAGUUGACAAAAUUAAGUUCAUAGUUGCAAGAAGGAGCUCAGAGAGGCAAAAAAACCUAAAAAGGAAUGGAGCAGCAGGCUAAUAUUGAUAUCGAUCAACUGUCAUCUAGUGUCCGAAGUAGAUUGCUGCACAACUCUCCAAUGUCAGCUUCCUGCUGCAUAUUUAGAGUUCCCAGUCCACUUCGUAAGCACGAUGAGAAACUUUUCACUCCGACUUUGGUUCCAAUUGGUCCAUAUCAUAGAGAUCCAGAGAAGUUCCAAUUUGCAGAAAAGAUUAAACUUUGGUACCUAAAUUGUCUUAUUAAUCGAGCACCGACUUCUCAUACAACUCUGGAAUGUUUCUUCACAAAAAUUGCCGCUAAUGUGAACCAUUGCUUGGAAUGCUAUGGAGAUGAAGUGAAAAUGGAAAGAGAUGAAUUUGUGGAGAUGUUGGCCAUUGAUGGUUGCUUUAUCAUAGAGUUAUUUCGUAGGUUUUUAAAGAUAAUACCGACAAGUGCGUAUGACCCUUUGCUUAAAAUGCCUUGGGUGCGAAUAGUUUUGGUGACAGACUUGCUCUUGCUCGAGAAUCAGCUUCCCUGGUUUGUCUUAGAUUGCUUAUUCAACCUUACCAAGAGUGAUAAUGAUAGCGAAAGAGGCACCUUUCCUCAGGUUGCUCAGGAAUACUUCCGUUGGGAUAUUCUAAGAACACCAGGCGUGCAAGUGGACCUGAAACUCCAGAACAAGCAUUUACUUGACUUGCAACGAAACAUCAUGCUUUUGGGGAGCGAAGAACUUGAGGAUGGAGAUUUUGUCCCGAUCCCUCGUGUGACUGAGCUUUUGCAAGCUGGAAUUGAUUUUGCAGUUGGAGAAAAACAUAACUUUAUGAAGAUAACAUUCAAGAAAGGAAUAUUGACAAUCCCACCGAUAAUAAUUUUGGACAAUGCAGAAUCUUUAUUGCGAAAUCUUAUUGCAUAUGAGCAAUGUGACGAGAAUCUACAAGAUAGAAUCGCAGCUUAUGCUGGAUUUUUAGAUAAUCUCAUCGAUACAAAUGAGGAUAUUGAUUAUCUCCGUCAGAAAGGGAUCGUAACAUGUUUCUUGAGCCCAGAGGAUGUGUCUGGUUUCUUCAAUAGACUCUAUAAUGAUGUUCACAUUGUACAUUCCCCUUUCACGAAAGUUUCAAAAGAAAUCAAUGCAUACUGCAAAUCUCGCUGGCCCCGAUGGCGGACAAGACUGACACGAGAUUACUUCAACAGUCCUUGGUCAAUCAUCUCCCUUAUUGGUGCACUUACGAUUUUGGUUCUCACAUUCUUACAGACACUGUAUGCAAUGCUUUAUCACUAGGCUUCUUUGUCUUGUUUUUUCUUGAUGUCAUUGUAUGUCCACUGUCAUCUUCGUGUAAGCCUUGAUUAACAUUUGAUUCAAUAAAUGGUUUUCAUUAUAUGAA